AUGGCUGCCGACGAAGAAACGCAGAAUGAAUAUGAUGACAAUGGGCUUCCUGGCCCUGGGGCGCCUACUCCUAUCACGGCCCUCGAGGGUGUUGCUGGCUUAACGGCGAGAGACAUCAAGCUCAUAAUCGAUGCAGGUUUUCAUACCGUGGAAGCGGUAGCAUACACACCGAAACGGGUACUGGAGCAGAUUAAGGGUAUCUCAGAACAGAAAGCCGCGAAGAUUUUGGCUGAGGUUCCAAUGGGCUUCACGACGGCCACGGAGAUGCACGCACGCCGGAGCGAGCUCAUAUGUAUCACCACUGGUUCGAAACAACUGGACACCCUACUGGCAGGAGGCAUUGAGACAGGGUCGAUCACAGAAAUAUUCGGAGAAUUCAGGACUGGAAAGAGUCAGAUUUGUCAUACACUUGCUGUAACGUGCCAAUUACCGUUCGACAUGGGCGGAGGAGAAGGAAAGUGUCUGUAUAUCGAUACCGAGGGCACGUUCCGACCAGUUAGGUUGCUGGCCGUUGCUCAGCGGUACGGAUUGGUUGGAGAAGAGGUCCUGGAUAACGUUGCCUACGCUCGAGCAUACAAUUCGGACCAUCAACUGCAGUUGCUGAAUCAAGCAUCUCAAAUGAUGACCGAGACACGCUUCUCACUUCUCAUUGUCGACUCAGCCACAUCUCUCUAUCGAACGGACUUCAAUGGUCGCGGUGAAUUGUCCUCUCGUCAAACUCAUCUCGCCAAAUUCCUCCGUACCUUACAGCGGUUGGCAGAUGAGUUCGGUAUUGCUGUGGUUAUCACCAACCAAGUGGUCUCUCAAGUCGAUGGAGGCCCCAGUUCUAUGUUCAACCCUGACCCGAAGAAACCAAUAGGAGGGAACAUCAUUGCACAUGCGAGCACAACCAGGCUGAGCCUGAAGAAGGGUCGCGGGGAAACUAGGAUUUGUAAGAUCUAUGACAGUCCCUGUCUCCCCGAAAGCGACUGUAUGUUCGCGAUCAGAGAGGAUGGGAUUGGUGACCCCAGCCCUAAGGAUCUGGAGGGCGAGUGA